GGAUAUUUUCUGAAUGGAUGGAUAUAGAUCUUGUGCUUCUAGACGUCACUGAGGGACGGUGGGGGGGUAUGCAGGUGAUCAAAAACGGGAAGUUGCCCUAUAGAGGGUUUAAAGAGCCAGUUCCUGGUCAAGUUAAAGUUUGGAACAAAAUCUAUUUCAGAACUAAUUACUGUUCAUAGGGUUUCUCCAUCCAACAUUGGAGCCAAUUUUAAUUCUCAGCAAAUAAUCAAACAUUUAAUCCAUCUCUUAAUUGGUUAUUUACUUUAAUUUACAAUCUUUACCUUUCUUUUUGUUCAAACUCCAUUAUCAGUCAAACAGUUUGGCCCAUUUUCUGCCAAAACCAUAAAGUGAUGCUUAAAAUAAAUUCUCUGAUACCUCUGCUGAAUGGGGAAGACCUACUGAGAGCUCCUUUAUGCUGGUUCACUGUGGUUUGGAUCUGAAACUAACAUCGCUGCCAGAUUUCUAGCCUCAGGCCUGCAUUCAGUUCGAGCUGCUGGGGUUACACUAAGCGGCGGGAACCGAUAUCUUCCCCCGACGCCCUUCUCUUCCUCUUUGCAACACUAAAAGCUGCUUAUGGCCUCCAAUAUUUCCCAAAUUAGAAUCUUUAUAAGCUGCGGCUGCCUGUGAGCAACGGAUUGUUGAACUCAUUGAUCUUCUUUCUGUCAGACAUAAUGAACCAGAAGGGCCAGCUUGCCUGGGAGCUUUAUCUGAAAAUGGGCACCUCCUCAGAUUCCUUCAGUGUGCUGCAGCUGAUCGCCAACGACUGCUAUAAGAUGGGCCAGUUCUACUAUGCCGCCAAAGCAUUUGAUGCACUGGAGAAGCUGGACCCAGGCUCCUGUUACUGGGAGGGUAAAAGAGGCGCUUGUGUCGGUGUGUUUCAGCUCAUCGUGGCAAACAAGGAGCCCAGGGAGAAGCUUAAAGAAGUUUUGGCCCUCCUUCGAAAUUCAGGAAACCCUCAGGCUGAAUACAUUAUCCGAGUCCUGAGAAAGUGGGCCAAAGACAACAGAGUGCUCCUCUCGUGAGACGGAGAGGCGGCUAAGUGUGUCACAGGAAUGGAUCUACCCCACAACAAAUUAAACUGUCAUGUCCUAACAUUUACAAUAAAAAUAUGCCUAUUUUUAAAUGCAUUUUCUUGUCUGCAGUUUUUCUGCCCAGGUCUUCAGAGGUGGGUGACACUAGCAGUGGUUAAAGUAUUGCGGCCCCAGGCCGGAUUUC